GAGCAGUCUCGGAGCAGCCUCCGACUCCCGCCGCGGUCUCUGGGAGCCCCGGCCGCCCCCAGCCUCUCCAGGACUAGGCGUCCUUCGCUGCACCUUUGCCACCACUCCCGGCCGCUGCGCCCACGUCCACACAGGCUCCCUGCUGGGCACGAAGGCUCCACUAUGGGGCUAGCCUGGGGACUAAGUGUCCUGUUCCUGUUGCGUGUGUGUGGCAGCAGCCGCAUUCCAGAGUCUGGGGGAGACAACAGCGUGUUCGAUAUCUUUGAACUCACCGGAGCUGCCCGCAGGGGCUCUGGCCGCCGACUAGUGAAGGGCAUGGACCUGUCCAGCCCAGCUUUCCGAAUUGAAAAUGCCAGUCUGAUCCCCCCUGUGCCUGAUGACAAGUUCCAAGACCUAGUGGAUGCUGUGCGGGCAGAAAAGGGCUUCAUCUUCCUGGCCUCUCUGAGGCAGAUGAAGAAGACCCGGGGCACUCUGUUAUCUGUGGAGCGAAAAGAUCAUUCUGGUCAUGUCUUCAGUGUGGUCUCCAACGGCAAAGCCGGCACCCUGGACCUGAGCCUGAGCUUGCCCAGAAAGCAACAAGUGGUGUCAGUGGAGGAAGCUCUCCUAGCCACUGGCCAGUGGAAGAGCAUCACUCUAUUCGUGCAAGAAGACAGGGCCCAGCUCUACAUCGACUGUGAGAAGAUGGAGAGUGCUGAGCUGGACGUCCCCAUCCAGGAUAUCUUCACAAGGGACCUGGCCAGUGUUGCCAGACUCCGCAUUGCAAAGGGAGACACCAAUGACAAUUUUCAGGGGGUGCUGCAGAAUGUGAGAUUUGUCUUUGGAACCACACCAGAAGACAUCCUUAGGAACAAAGGCUGCUCCAACUCAGCUGCCAAUGUCAUUCUCACCCUUGACAACAAUGUGGUGAAUGGUUCCAGCCCCGCCAUCCGCACCAACUACAUUGGCCACAAGACCAAGGACCUGCAGGCCACCUGUGGCAUCUCCUGUGAUGAGCUGUCCAGCAUGGUCCUAGAACUCAGGGGCCUGCACGCCAUCGUGACCACACUGCAGGACAGCAUCCGCAAAGUGACGGAAGAGAACAGAGAGUUGGCCAGUGAAUUGAGGCGGCCUCCCGUCUGCUUUCACAACGGGAUUCAGUACAGGAACAAUGAGGAAUGGACUGUGGAUAGCUGCACUGAGUGUCACUGCCAGAACUCAGUUACCAUCUGCAAAAAGGUGUCCUGUCCCAUCAUGCCCUGUUCCAAUGCCACAGUUCCUGAUGGAGAAUGCUGUCCACGGUGUUGGCCCAGCGACUCUGCGGACGAUGGCUGGUCUCCCUGGUCUGAGUGGACCUCCUGCUCUGCGACAUGUGGCAAUGGGAUUCAGCAGCGUGGCCGCUCCUGUGACAGCCUCAACAACCGAUGCGAGGGCUCCUCCGUCCAGACCCGGACCUGCCACAUUCAGGAGUGUGACAAGAGAUUUAAACAGGAUGGUGGCUGGAGUCACUGGUCCCCGUGGUCAUCUUGUUCUGUGACAUGUGGUGAUGGUGUGAUCACAAGGAUUCGGCUCUGCAACUCUCCCAGCCCCCAGAUGAAUGGAAAGCCAUGUGAAGGCAAAGCUCGGGAGACAAAACCCUGCAGGAAAGAUGCCUGCCCGAUCAAUGGAGCCUGGGGUCCUUGGUCACCAUGGGACAUCUGUUCCGUCACCUGUGGAGGAGGAGUGCAGAAACGAAACCGGCUCUGUAACAACCCCGCACCCCAGUUUGGAGGCAAAGACUGCAUUGGUGAUGAGACAGAAAAACAAGUGUGCAACAAGCAGGACUGUCCAAUUGACGGAUGCCUGUCCAAUCCCUGCUUUGCGGGUGCCAAGUGUACUAGCUAUCCUGAUGGCAGCUGGAAAUGUGGUGCCUGUCCCCCUGGCUACAGUGGAAAUGGCAUCCAAUGCAAAGACAUUGAUGAGUGCAAACUAGUUCCUGAUGCCUGCUUCAACCACAAUGGAGAGCACCGGUGUGAGAACACAGACCCUGGCUACAACUGUCUGCCCUGCCCACCACGCUUCACUGGCACCCAGCCCUUUGGCCGAGGCGUCGAACAUGCCAUGGCCAACAAACAGGUCUGCAAGCCCCGUAACCCCUGCACAGAUGAGACACAUGAUUGCAACAAGAACGCCAAGUGCAACUACCUGGGCCACUACAGCGACCCCAUGUACCGCUGUGAGUGCAAGCCCGGCUAUGCAGGCAAUGGCAUCAUCUGUGGGGAGGACACAGACCUCGACGGCUGGCCUAAUGAGAACCUUGUGUGUGUGGCCAAUGCAACUUACCACUGCAAAAAGGACAAUUGCCCCAACCUUCCCAACUCAGGGCAGGAAGACUAUGACAAGGAUGGAAUCGGUGAUGCCUGUGAUGAUGACGAUGACAAUGACAAAAUCCCAGAUGAUAGGGACAACUGCCCAUUCCAUUACAACCCAGCCCAGUAUGACUAUGACAGAGAUGAUGUGGGAGACCGCUGUGACAACUGCCCCUACAACCACAACCCCGACCAGGCAGACACAGACAGCAACGGGGAAGGAGAUGCCUGUGCCGUGGACAUCGAUGGAGAUGGAAUCCUCAAUGAACGAGACAACUGCCAGUAUGUCUACAAUGUAGACCAGAGGGACACUGACAUGGAUGGGGUUGGAGAUCAAUGUGACAACUGUCCCCUGGAACACAAUCCAGACCAGCUGGACUCUGACUCGGACCUCAUAGGGGAUACCUGUGACAACAAUCAGGACAUUGAUGAGGAUGGUCAUCAGAACAAUCUGGACAACUGUCCCUAUGUGCCAAAUGCCAACCAAGCUGACCAUGAUAAAGAUGGCAAAGGAGACGCCUGUGACCAUGAUGAUGACAAUGAUGGCAUUCCUGAUGACAAGGACAAUUGCAGGCUGGUGCCCAAUCCUGACCAGAAGGACUCUGAUGGUGAUGGCCGAGGAGACGCCUGCAAAGAUGACUUUGACCAUGACAAUGUGCCAGACAUCGAUGACAUCUGUCCUGAGAAUGUUGACAUCAGUGAGACCGAUUUCCGCCGAUUCCAGAUGAUUCCUCUAGAUCCCAAAGGGACAUCCCAAAAUGAUCCUAACUGGGUUGUACGACAUCAGGGCAAAGAACUUGUCCAGACAGUCAACUGUGAUCCUGGACUUGCUGUAGGGUAUGAUGAGUUCAAUGCUGUGGACUUCAGUGGCACCUUCUUCAUCAACACUGAGAGAGAUGAUGACUAUGCUGGCUUUGUGUUUGGCUACCAGUCCAGCAGCCGAUUCUACGUAGUUAUGUGGAAACAAAUCACCCAAUCCUACUGGGACACCAAGCCCACAAAGGCUCAGGGAUACUCAGGCCUGUCUGUGAAGGUUGUGAACUCCACCACAGGGCCUGGUGAGCACCUGCGGAAUGCUCUGUGGCACACAGGAAAUACCCCUGGCCAGGUGACCACCCUGUGGCAUGACCCCCGUCACAUAGGCUGGAAAGAUUUCACUGCCUACAGGUGGCGUCUCAGCCAUAGGCCAAAGACUGGUUUCAUCAGAGUGGUGAUGUAUGAAGGGAAGAAAAUCAUGGCUGACUCAGGACCCAUCUAUGACAAGACCUAUGCUGGUGGUAGGCUAGGCCUGUUUGUCUUCUCUCAAGAAAUGGUAUUCUUCUCUGACCUGAAAUACGAAUGUCGAGAUUCCUAAUCAUCAGCUAUUGAUCAUAACCAAUGCUGGUAUUGCACCUUCUGGAACCAAGGGCUAGAGAAAACCCCCAGGAUCACUUCUCUUCACCUUCCUUUUUUCUUUGCUUGCAUCGUGUGGACGCCUAGAGCAUGUGACCUGCCUCAAGAAAAUGCAAUUUUCAAACACAGACUCAGCACUCAGCAUCUAAUGAAUGAGAAAGCAUCUUCCAAGAAUAUAAGCAAUUUGAUUUGCUUCUGAACAAGCAGAAGGAGCUCUUGCUUUCCUUUGGAAAGGUGCCCACUCCACUCUACCUUUUUGUGAGGCCAUCUCUGAGCAGCAGACUCAGAAGCAUUUUUCAGGCAUGUCAGAGAAGGGAGGACUCUAGAAUUAGCAACCAAACUACCCCUGGAGUAGGUCCUCAGGAGUGGGAGGCAGGGGACAAAGCAGGAGGGACGACGCUUACCCAAGAGAUGUUCGUAUGAAGAAAUAUAGAGGAACGGUUACUUGCUCAGUACUCAGUCGAUGCUGACCAGUGUUAGUUGAUUAACCCACCACCAAGACAGGCACUUGAGUAAGCAGGGAAGGGAGAGAAAGCCUGGCUUCCAGGCUGCCUCCUUGUCCCUGCCCCUCACAUGUCACUUGCAGUGGCCAUAACAGGGCUCAGACAUGUAAGGCAGUGCUGCCUGCCCUUGGAUGGCCACGUUGGAAUUGUCUAUUCCACAUGUACCUUGUGCAGAUGUAACAGGAAAGUAGGAAAACCUACCAUCUCAGUGAGCUCUGGCUGCCUCCACAGAAUGGCAGCUGUGCUUUUAUUUUUAUGGUUAGAAAGGCACAAAAUUACUAUCAACCUAACUAAAACAUUCCUUUCUUCUGCAAUUACCACGGAGUCUUCCAAUUCUCUUCUGUUUUUCAUUUGACAAAUGUUUUACCAAUAUAACAUAUUUAUUUUUUUAUCUAUUUUGGAGGAUGUGUCUGAAGGAUUAUUCAUGGAACAGAAAGAAGUGUAGGACUAUCAGUAUAUCUUUGUUAUGAGUCUUCAUGACUGUAAGAUUGUAAAUACAGAUUAUUUAUUAA